AUGCAAGCAGCGCUGGAUUGUUGUCUGGGAGCGCGCUGCCAUCAGUCGAGGAGGAGGCUGUCUGCACCAACAUCUCUCCAUCUCCGUGGAGGCUCCCAGGAGCACAGAGGAAACUGCUACUACGACGUCGACGGCACAUUGUACCAUGGAACCAUGGGGCACUGCGCCUGGUGGUUUGUCGGAGCUCUCCCGCAUCCGAGGCAGAGAGCGAUCAAGAGGUUUCAGAUAUGUCUUACAAUUCCCUUCAUCGGCAUCCUCGCCCUCUUCGAUGAAGCGAAGGCUGCGAGGCUCCUUGCCGGGAUCAUCCUCAGAGGGGUCACACAGCAGGACGCUUCCUUGGCCUCCAAGAUCGUCGCAUCGGGAAUUAUGUCUCGCGCAUACCCUCAAGUUCUCGAGCACUUGCGGGCCCAGCAAGGAGCUGGAAGGAAAGUCUUCCUGCUAUCCGGCAAUGUUGAACCCAUGAUAGAGUCCCUGGCACACGACUUGGGAUGCUCUGUCAUCGCAACAAGGAUGGAGAUCAAGAACGGGAGGUAUACUGGAAACGUCUUGGGGGACGUGUGCGUGCUGGAGAGGAAGAGGCAGAAGCUGCUCGAGCAUCUCCCCAGCAACUUGAAAGGAUCAGGUCUAACCCUCAGGGGGACGACGGGCGUGGGAAACUCGAUGUAUGACGUGCCGUUCUUGGAGGAGGUCUCAGAGGCGUACGUAGUCCGCCCGGGCUCAAGGCUGAGGAAGAUUGCUGAGCGCCGCGGAUGGAAGCUGGACUUUGCCAGAGUGAAGGGAGUUGGGGCUGAGGAUGGCAAGAAGAAGUCUGGAAGCUUUCGUUCCUUCUUCUCGCGCUACAGCUUCGAGCUCGGAGUCUCAAUUUUCUGGGGAGCUGCCUGUGGCCUCCUGGGGAUCACUGCUACUCCGAGUGCCAGCACCGCGGUCGGUGUGAACACUGUGAAACAGCAGACAGAAACAAACUGA